UGUGUCCUCCUCGGUGCAUAGCAAUGGCGACCUAUACCCUUGUACGAAGUAGCAGGUUUUUAGCAGGCAUCAAAUGCCCCUUUACUUCACUAGUCCAUGUUACGAAAGGUACUGUUGCUACUGCUGUUAUAGGAUCUAGACUGCUACACAAUUCACGAUGGUAUUCUAUUAGUCACCUCUCUGUGCAAGACAGAAUCGAAGAGAAACGCAGGGCUGCGCUGGUGGGAGGUGGACAGAAGAGAAUAGACGCACAGCAUAAAAGGGGUAAACUAACCGCUCGAGAAAGAAUCGAUCUGUUAAUGGACCCCGAAUCCUUCGUUGAAUAUGACAUGUUUGUUGAACAUCGCUGUGCUGACUUUGGGAUGGAGGCGGAUCACAACAAGUAUCCAGGUGACAGUGUGGUAACAGGACAGGGCAGAAUCAAUGGAAGACUGGCGUACGUUUUCAGUCAGGACUUCACUGUGUUUGGAGGCAGUUUGUCUGGAGCCCAUGCUCAGAAGAUUUGCAAGAUUAUGGAUCAGGCGAUGAUGGUGGGAGCUCCUGUUAUCGGUCUCAACGACUCAGGUGGUGCCCGUAUCCAGGAAGGGGUAGAGUCUCUCGCAGGUUAUGCAGACAUCUUCUUACGGAACGUGAUGGCUUCAGGUGUAGUCCCACAGAUUUCUCUCAUCAUGGGCCCGUGUGCAGGUGGAGCUGUGUACUCACCUGCACUAACAGACUUCACCUUCAUGGUUAAGGACACAUCAUACCUCUUCAUCACAGGACCUGAUGUGGUGAAGUCAGUCACUAAUGAGGAUGUGACACAGGAGGAGCUGGGUGGAGCAAGGACCCACACUGCUGUGUCUGGUGUGGCUCAUAGGGCCUUUGAGAAUGAUGUUGAUGCUCUGCUGAAUCUCAGAAACUUUUUCAACUUCCUUCCACUGAGUAACAAAGACCCAGCACCUGUUACUGAGUGUCAUGAUCCCAGCGAUCGUCUGGUCCCUGGGCUCGACACCCUGGUCCCCUUUGAAAGCACAAAGGCAUAUGACAUGCUGGACAUCAUUCACGGUAUAGUGGAUGAAAGGGAUUUUUUUGAAAUCAUGCCAAACUAUGCCAAGAACAUUGUGGUGGGCUUUGCCAGGAUGAAUGGUCGUACUGUUGGCAUUGUGGGAAACCAGCCAAAAGUUGCAUCAGGCUGCUUGGACAUCAACUCUUCAGUAAAGGGCGCACGGUUCGUCAGGUUUUGUGAUGCUUUUAACAUUCCCAUCAUCACUUUUGUGGAUGUUCCUGGAUUCCUCCCAGGCACUGCUCAGGAAUAUGGAGGCAUUAUCAGGCACGGAGCCAAACUGCUUUUUGCUUUUGCAGAGGCAACAGUUCCUAAAAUUACUGUAAUCACGAGAAAGGCUUAUGGAGGAGCAUAUGAUGUGAUGAGCUCCAAACACUUGCGAGGAGAUGUAAAUUAUGCCUGGCCAUCAGCUGAAGUGGCAGUGAUGGGUGCCAAGGGUGCUGUGCAGAUCAUUUUCAGGGGUAAGGAGAACCAGGCAGAGGCAGAGGCUGAGUAUGUGGAGACGUUUGCCAAUCCCUUCCCCGCUGCUGUCAGAGGCUUUGUGGAUGACAUCAUCCAGCCAUCUACCACCCGUAAGAGGAUCUGCCGAGACCUGGAGGUGCUGGCUAGCAAAAAACAGACUAAUCCCUGGAAAAAGCAUGCCAACAUUCCCUUGUAAAUCGCAACCCUAGAUUCUCUUUACUGAUAUCCUGAAAACAUUGUACAUUUUCAUAAAUCAUAAUGAGAAAAAAAAAUCAUAUCAUGAAUUUUUCACUGUGCCUUACUCAAAAUAUGAUCGUUGGGUACACAUGUAAUAAUGUACAGUAUGUGUUAUUGCAAUAAACACUCCAAAAGUCAGUA